AUGGUAUUGAUAUAUGUGGACGAUAUAGUUGUAACAAGCAGUGAUUCAAAGGAACUUGAAGAGUUUAUUGUCAGAUUGAACAAAGUCUUUUCUCUCAAGGAUCUAGGAAGUCUUCAUUAUUUCCUGGGGAUAGAAGUUUUCAGAGACAGUACUGGACUUUAUUUAACACAGGAAAAAUAUAUUUCAGAGCUACUUCAGAGAGUAGAUAUGCAAAACUUGAAGCCAAGUCCAACGCCCAUAACAACCAGCAAGAUAUCUAUCAAUGAUGGUGAACCUAUGGCAGAUCCCUCAUACUACAGAAGCAUCAUAGGAGCUCUCCAAUAUCUCAGCCAUACAAGACCUGAUAUUUCUUUUGCAGUAAACAAGCUCAGCCAGUUUUUGAAACGCCCCACAAAUGUGCAUUGGACAGAAACAAAACGAGUCUUGAGAUACCUCAAAGGAACAAUGAAGUAUGGUAUUCAUAUAGCACCGUGUGAUAGGUUGACGUUGACUGGGUUUUCUGAUGCCGACUGGGCAUGCUGCCCAGAUGAUCGCAGAUCCGUAGCUGGGUAUUGUGUGUUCUUAGGAGAUUCACUCAUCUCAUGGUCAUCUAAGAAACAAACCGUAGUAGCUCGAUCAAGUACGGAAUCGGAAUAUAGGGCCCUUGCACAGCUUGCUGCAGAAAUCACGUGGCUUCAGGAAUUGUUUAAGGAGAUGAGAUUCACACUUCCAGCUGCUCCAACAAUCUGGUGUGACAACAUGAGUGCAAGUGCACUAGCUGCCAAUCCCGUUUAUCAUGCUAGGACAAAGCAUAUUGAGUUGGAUAUACAUUUUGUGAGGGACAAAGUUCUUCAAAAACAGCUACAGAUUUGUUAUGUUCCAUCUCAUGACCAGCUUGCUGAUUGUUUAACAAAAGGUCUCUCACCCUCUCGGUUUUAG